CUGUGUCAUUAGUGCAUGUUAGACCACGAGCCAACUCCCACAAUGCUCAGCCAGAUGAAAUAGUAAACAAAAGCAGGAGAGCAGCCUGACACAACAGUAUAACUGACACACACACACAUCAAAACACGGCGACGUCAUUAACGUACGAGGCAGGCUUUAGUUUCAAAAAGGACGGGGCGGAGCAAGUGUCGAGAAGACAAAAAGAGGGGGUACCGGCGUUGGUUUGGUCCGCCUGUUCUUUUUACAUCCAUCGGAACAAGCAAAACAAAGCUGCUGAACGGACGGAUGUUAGGUAUAUUAAAACGGAUUUAUGCUGUGCUUGGUGAAACGGAGGCGCACAUUGGCAGAAGAGAGCCUAGUCAAGAAAUAGUCUCCCCUGCAGUAAGGAAGUGGUAGCGUCCAAGCGGCAGGCUACGUCAUCCAUUGUUUACAAACCCAGGCAGGCCGGUGUGAGCUUGUUCCCUGGUUGGCGGUGCAGAGCUGAGCUUCUCUUCCGCUUGCCUGCCAUGCCGUGCCGCAAGGAGAGCUUCCUACUGCUCGAGCAGUCAGUCACAGUAGGUUCCGGGGAGGUGGACUCCCUGGUAGCUCGAAUAGGGGAAGCCCUGCAGCUCAAUGCCCAGCGUGCACCGACCUCCUGCAGCAUGGCUUACGGGGCGCUCAAACCAGUGUCCCGGGCGGGUCCCUCCUGCUCGUGUGUGAGGGGUAGGAGCACUCCGUACCCUGUGUGUACUCCGAGGGGAGCCGCCCGCCACGCACAGCACCUUCAUCAUCAUCAGUCCCCCAGGCAGCAGCAGCAGCAGGGCGGCGGGGGUAACAAGCGGCUGUGCGGCAGGGGAUGGGGCCGGUGUAACUGCAGGAAACACGCGGGGACCGAGGAGGAAGAGGAAGAUCCGCACGAACUGCUCCAGGAGCUGCUGCUCUCGGGGAACCUCAUCAAAGAAGCGGUCAGGAGGCUUCACAUGACUGGGGAGAGCCCCGACCCGCCGGGGUCGCGCAAAGUGUCCGAAUCCACCGAGACAACCGUGCAAUGACAGCGGCACUGACACAGGGAGCACAUGUGCCCCUACACUGACCACAUGAACUACUGUAACCGAUCCAUAACUGCCCCACUCCUCUAUGGCCAAUAUGGACUGGGCUGCCCUUCAAUUGUAUAGAAAUUAUAUCUGCUGGGAUCUGCCCCUCUGGACUGGGCGCAUUGGGAAUAUGGAAUUGGUCUUAUAGAUCCAUAGUGUCCUACCCACACAGAUCCAUAGUGUCCUACCCACACAGAUCCAUAGUGUCCUACCCACACAGCAAACAGGCAUUGGAUCUGCCAUUCACCAACACUGCAAUUGGGGGGUGAUAUGAACAUCUGCCCAUUAUGGACUCGUCUUUCAGGGGACAAUAAGAACAAAUCUGCCCUUCGCCUUGACAGCAGAUGAGGACGGUGCCCAGAUUUGAAUCUUGUCUAGGUUCCAAAAGCGAAUAAACCAUACUGCCUCCCAACUAUCUCAUGAUGGCUGAUCGGUUGCUGCCAUGGAUUGCAGUCAUUCCUGUUCUCCCUACUUGCUUGGUGGCUGACCCCCUAAUACUUAUUGACUGCAUAGUGACUGACAUCGUACGAGGGGCGCUGAGAUUGGUCUUGCUAUCCGCCUAUGACACUUUAUGAGAACUGCACCUUUUGUUUUUCUCCCUAGUGGCAGACUGACUGACUGGAAACUGCAUUCAUCAUGCUGAAAUAAAUCUGCAAAUGCUGGGGAAUGGUGUUCCACAAUCAGGGGUGAAAAAUAACUGUCUCUUUAUAUCAAAAGGUCUCCUCAUAGUUGUUUAUUUGGGAUCGCCGACAGUUUCACCCUGGUUUGCAGAUUGUGGGUGCCGACAUGAUCUGGAAAAUGCUUUUUACAUCAUCUCCCAAACUGCCAUUUCCUUUAACAUAUACAGUGUCUUUCUUAGCCACAGAAUGGACAAAGGACUAGAUCUCCUCCUCUAUCAUAUAUAUAUAUAAUAUCAGCAAUGAGCACCACCUUAACCCCCCCUCCAGCUUUUACUUACUAUUCCUACCCCCUCCUUGUUGGUAGGUUUGGAAAUAUUUAAACAAAGGCUGUGAGUAGAGUUGCCAUCUGGCCGGUAAAAAUUAUGGCUGAUCCCAAUGUUAUUAAUAGGGAGAAAAGAUAAAUAUUUAGGAAGGCCGGUAUUUUUUCCAGAAAAGGUGGCAACCCUAGCUGUGAGACCUCAGGGACCUUAAGUGAUCAAGGAUCAGCUACUACCAAUUAUCACCAUAACAACAGCAAACGACUUUGAAUCCAUUUUAGUAUAUCCAGUGCUACAGUGAACAGCUCACAUGGAAUUUGUUCCUUUUUUUUUGAUAAUGAUUGUCAUGUUUACAGGAUACUUGAAAUAUUUCAUACAGCUCUUGAGAAGUUUCUUUAUGAAUUCUUGAGGAUUUUGAGCUGGCCAAGAAAAUAUCUGGUGCUACUAGUUCUGGCAUUGGGCAAACUUUUUUUUAUUUGUAAUUUUGGACUAUAAUGAUGAACUUUGCUGCCGAGCCUUGUGUUGCAGUUUCUUAUGUCGUUUGCAUUGCAACAAUUCAAUGACCUGACACUUGUUCCUGCCCCAAGUAAACUUGUUUGUUUGAAUGGCUGCAGAGUAGUCUGGGCAGGGACAUGGGAGUGAGCGCAUGAUGUUUUACCUUAUUUGGUGUUUUGUAAUUGUUCUACGCUUCUUGUUUACAAUGUUCAAGGGGAAGACUGGCUUGUGCCUGUAGUUCUCUCUUCCUCUCAUUAUCUGGCAGUGAUUAUUGACACUACUACUUCAAGGUCACUCCUGCCAGACUGGUGGCGCAGCUUAGGAUAACUUUUUUUGUUUUUCUUGUAUAUUCCGAACAAAUGUGAAACUAGGCACAAAGGUUUUGCUGCCAAACAACCCCUCCCCCUCCUGUAUUUAAAAAUAAAGAAAAAAUAUUUUCAGUUGUA